AUGAGCUUUUCUCACCUUCUCACCGACCCUGCUCCGCCUGCGGGCGCUACUCCCAAGCUCGCCGCCGAAGUUCCGGUUCUCGAACCGCCUUCAACUCCAAAGCGAGACCCUUCACCCCGCAAGGAUGAGCUUACUAGCCCCACCGACACUGUCAUGUCCGAGAUGAUCGAGCUCCCCGAGGAGGUCGACACGCCUGACGCUGGUGAACAGGUCACUCUGCCCGCCGUCGACGAUGACCUAGUCGAGCGUGAGUUCAUUUGCAUGAAUGAUGAGUACAGCAAGUGUCGCACUGGCCAGUACACUCUGGCGCUCUCCCGCAAGGUCAUCUCUGACCACUUUGGUCGCAACAAGGCUUGUACCCGAGAUAUUACUGACUGGCCUCUGUUCUGUCGCAAGCAUUAUCAGCGUGCUACCUACAACAAGACACUUUGGCAGGUUCGCAAGGUCAAGCUCAUUCUCCGCCAGUUCGAUGUCAUUGAAGCCGAAUUUCCUGGUACCACGUACGACAUCACGUUGAAGAAGUCUGAAGAGGACCGCAUAAACGAUUUCUCACGCAAGGUCGCCCAAGGCUUGAGCGCAGAGAACGCUGCGGCCGCCGUAGCACCCGUUCCUGGCAAGGCAUUCGAGGCGCCAAUCGAUGUUCUCCGCGAGCUCGAUCAAUACAUCGGCAAGGGAAAGACUUCGUCAGAAGUCAAGGACACCAUGGACGUCAUCUCUCAGAUGCUGCAAGAGAAUGAGACUGAGCAAGUUCCGUCUAUCGAGUUUCUCCCUCAGCUCCCAGGCAAGGCCACUACUCCCAAGAAGUCUCCAGCCAAGUCGCGCCUUCCCAAGUCACCGUCCAAGUCUCCUUAUAAGCGCAGUUCUCGUACCUCUGGCCGCGGAGGCGUCAAGAAACCCAGCCAGAAGGCUUAG